AAAUUAAACUCACUACUAUUUUCUUUCUAAUUGUUGCAACUAAAAAAUGGCUAGUAGUCAUUCUUUAGCAGCUAGGCCUCAGCCAGUAAGUAGGCGUGAACGUCCAGUUUUCUCAAUGUCUGAUGAUCAUGCAAUGUCCAAGAAAAUCCUGAAUACUCAUUCUCCCAAUGGUCGUGAAGUCGAUGUGGACAUCAUCCUUCAAGUCAUUGAGGGGAUUUUUCAACAUAUCCAUGGCGCUUUACAGGAUAGUACUGAUCGUGAAAGCAUGGAAACCUCAAAACUAGAAGAGAACGCCUCAUUUGCCUUUGACGGCUUCCAUCUUGAAGGAUUGGCUUAUAUCAUGCACAAAGUCUCCUGCCAGUUGACAUGCAAGUUCUCAGGAGGAGGGGAUGCCCAUGCAACAACAAUGGAAAUCUUAGGGAUGCUCUCUAGUUAUCAAUGGGAUACAAAACUAGUCUUAACCUUGGCAUCAUUUUCCAUAAUCUAUGGAGAAUUCUGGUUGGUAACUCAGAAAUUUGCUACUCACCCUUUGGCGAAAAUGGUGGCUCUGUUGAAACAGCUACCUGAUAUAAUUGAACAUGCUGCUGCUCUCAAAUCGCGAUUCGAUGCCAUCAACAACCUCCUCAAAGCUAUUUUGGACAUAACCAAAUGCAUCAUUGAAAUCAAGAGGCUUCCAUCUCAGUACAUCUCUGAAGAUCAACCACCUAUGUCUGUUGCUAUUGCCUACUUCCCUACUGCAGUCUAUUGGACCAUAAAAAGCAUUGUUGCUUGUGCUUCCCAGGUCACUAGCCUUCUUGGCAUGAGUUAUGAGUUCAUAUCAGCUACUACAACAGACACAUGGGAAAUGUCAAGCUCCACGCACAAGCUGAACAACAUUAGUGAUCACCUUAGAGCUGAAUUGGAGCGUUGCUAUGAACAUAUUCAGGAGAAGAAACAUACCGAGUAUUAUCAAAUGCUUGUACACUCAUUCGAGACAACCCAAUUCGACAACAUGAAGAUAAACAAGGCACUUAUCUACAUCAAAGAUGAUUUACUGCCACUUGAAGUUGGAACUACGCACACGAGGGCCAAUAUUGACGUGCUGAGAAGAAAGACUGUUUUGCUGCUAAUAUCUGAUGUUGAUAUUACCCCAGAAGAGGUAUUAAUACUUGCCACUGUCUACAAUGAAUCAAGGGGAAGGUCAGAACUUCAAUACGAAAUAGUGUGGCUUCCAAUUUCGGAUAGAUCAAGGGAAUGGAACGAAGGGUACGAACACAAAUUUAAAGAAUUACAAGCACUUAUGCCUUGGUACACAUUGCACCAUCCUUCUUUGUUAGAGCCAGCAGUGAUCAAGUUUGUCAAAGAAAGGUGGCAUUUCUCUAAGAAGAUGAUGCUUGUAGCCUUAGAUCCACAACAAGGUAAAGUGGUUUGUCAAAAUGCAAUCCACAUGGCUUGGAUUUGGGGAAAUUUGGCCUAUCCAUUCACUAUGGCCAAACAAGAGGAACUCUGGAGCAUUGAGUCCUGGAGACUUGAGCUAGUAGUUGAUGGCAUUGAUCAAAGUAUAAUUGAAUGGAUGACGGCAGGGAAGUAUAUCUGUCUAUAUGGAGGAGAAGACGUCGAAUGGAUAGAAAAAUUUACGACUUCUGCUAAAGGAGUGGCACAUAGAGCUGGCAUUGAUCUGCAUAUGAUCUAUGUUGGAAAGAGCAGCAACAAGGACCGAGUUCGAAGGAUCAAUAGCAUUAUAAGAAAAGAAAAUCUAAGUUAUUGCUUGGAUGAUGUGAUGUCAGUUUGGUACUUUUGGAAAAGACUAGAGAGUAUGUUCUAUUCGAAAAUGCAGUUAGGAAAAACAAUCAAAGAUGACAAGAUUAUGCAAGAAGUGUUAACAAUGUUGAGUUUUGAUGGGAGUGAUCAAGGAUGGGCACUCAUUAGCAGAGGAUCAUUUGAAAUGGCCAGAGCUAAAAGUGUAGUAAUAACUAAGACUUUGGAUGAUUUUCAUGUUUGGGAAGAAGAUGCAAGAGAAAAAGGAUUUGUGUUAGCUCUCAUUGAUUACUGUCUUCAUCUGCACACACCACAGCACUGCAAUCGCCUAAUUCUUCCGGGACUUGAUGUGGACAUUCCAGAAAUGAUAACGUGUGCUGAAUGUGGGAGACCAAUGGAUAAGUUCUUCAUGUAUCGUUGCUGCACCGAUUGAGGGAACUAUCUAUAGUUGCUACAUAUGCAUUUUGCUUGACUACUUUCUGCUCCCAAGUUCAGGAUUUUCACAUAAAUAAAUGGUGCUUCUUAUACCACCAUUUUCUUUAUUGUCUUAUUUCAUUGAAUUAUUGUAUGUACUCUCUGGAAUUAUAAUGCUCACUUUUCUGGGAGCUCUAGAUUGCAAUUGAGUGUGUCAUAGAAAUGAUAAGGCUGGUCUUCUUAGUUUA